GAUCUCUGGUCUCAUAUUUUUGUGAUAAUUUACUAACCACAUUGUGUUAUUCUGAGAAAAAAAAUCAUGAAAUUAAAAUCUUGUUGUUUGUGAGAAGAUUUAGCAAAUUUAGAAACCUGAAACACCUAAAGCACAUUUCUGUUGGAAAAAAACCAUCAUUUUUAUAUGUUUUUCUUUUGUCAUAUUCAAGAAAUGUGACAUUUUUUUUAUUUGGUGCUUUCACAGAUAAAUUCAAAACUACUCAUAGGAGAUUGAGGUUAAAACUAAUGUUUUAUUUCAGCAAAUGAGUCUUUUCUGUCUGAUAAUAAAGAAGAUUAUAUAGUGUUUUUACAUGUUAUUAUUAAACAAACUAUAAAUAAACCAGGUAUAUUUUUUAUAAUGAUUCUCCUUCUACAUCAGAGUGCUUCCUCUCUGUUUUCCUAUCAGAACCAGAACUUUUGGUUCAGUGAACAUAAUCUGGAUCAUGGAGACUAUUUGCUGAGAACUUGUUUCCAGGAAGGGUUUUCUAUGAUCCUUCAGCGGGAUCUGGGUUUCCUCCUCAACACCAUUCAACUGAACUUUCAUCUGUUUUUAUUUCUUAUUUCAGUGCCUAAAACCAGCGUGUCCUGUGUUAUCAGUCAGAACUGCAUUUUACCAUGUCAGUUCGAGAACGGGAUUACCAACAUGAAAUGGUUUCUAUAUAGAUCAUCAGCUGUGAUUGUAUCAUAUGACCAUCGUGGUUCCAGCUACUCUGAGAGCUUCAGAUCCAGAAUGUCACUGUUUGAGGAUCAGAUCUCCAGAGGAAAUGUCUCACUGCUGCUGAGAGGAGUGAAGGUUGAUGACGAGGAAAAAUAUUUGUGCACUGCAAAGAUAAAUGGCAUCUCUUAUAGACAUCUUGUUUUCCUUACAGUAGAAGCUCCAGUCUCUACAAUGGGAAUCCAUCAGGAUGGAAACAGGAUCGCCUGCAGCUCAGAGGGGAUCUACCCUCAACCUGAACUCACCUGGUCCACUGAGCCUCCAUCCAACACGGCUCUGAACGAAAGUACCAGGAUACAGAAAACUGAAGAUCAGCUUUACAACAUCAGCAGCUCUCUGACGGUUGCAGACAAUGAAACUGAUCGGAUCUACAGCUGCACCAUCAAAACCAGGAGGAACCAGAGGAGAGCAACUUUAAAUAUUCCAGCCUCUGUGGAUUUCUCAGGUGCUAAAGUUACAAUCUGCUGCCCUUCCUUAAACAUCUCUAAGUCCAGUUUGGUCUGGAGGUUCAACCACCAUCAGAUCAUCCUGACCAAGACUGACAGAAGCAUCUCCAACAUCUCAGAGGAGUGGAGGAAAUAUGUGAGGAAUGUUUCAGCGUCCGGCAGCCUCACGUUACAGGAUAUGACCUCAGAUCAGGAGGGAGUUUACAGCUGUGAGCUCAGUGAUGAUGAGGAGACGAUUAUAACUCACCUCUAUCUGAGGAGGACUGAAGAGAAUCUGGUGGUUUCUGAACUCAUCAGACGGACGGUGGUUUGUGUUGUGAUUGCAGCAGCAGCAGCUGGAUUCAUAAUGUUCUUACAAAAAGAAAAGGAAGGAAAGUGAAGCUCUGCAGCUUUAACCCUUUCAUUCACAUUCAGAGAGUGGUUUUGUUUUAAUGCCAUUCUCCCAUUUUACCCGUCAAGAUGAUUCAUGAGCUUUGAUGUAGUUUCACAAAAUGAUCAGCUCUUCAUGUUCUUCAGGUGAUUCUCAUAUUUGGAGAUAUUUUUGUUUUUAUUUUUAUGAUGUUUCAUCUUCUGCCCAGCAGGGGGCGCAGCUAAAUAUAUUCUUUAUAUUCUACGAGUUUCUCAGAAAUGUAUCAAUAAAAUGUUUAUCUCUGAAGAUUUUUUCCAUUAUUUCUUUUGUUGUAUAAACAUUUUGUUCUUCAAUAAACCAACUAAAUAUUA